AUGCAAGAAAAAGAAGAAGAGGAAUUCGUGCCAUACAUGGAGAACGGUGACGAGAACGUUGUCCGUUUUCACCACGAUAGCUUCGGUGGCGUGCAUUUGCAGAAUGACAUACCCCCAGAGGUGAAACGGGCUCUCACAGAACAGGAGGAAUGGCAAAUAGAGCAUGCUAAGUUACACGAAAAACACCGUGGGCACGAGGCGAUGCAUCUGGAAAUGAUGCUCAUUCUUAUAGUCACCUUGGUUGUCGCUCAAUUAUGUACUCUUUUGGGGAUGUGGUUAAUACCUGUAUAUGUGUGCAUUACGCGCAGCUGGUACAGAUUCCUAGUAACUUGGGUCAUCUACACCAUUUGUUCGACAUGGAUUUGGCGAAAAUCUACAGAGGAUCACAUAAGUGGAACUACACCAAGGUUAGUCUACAAGUGGUUCCUUUUCCUGCACAAGCUAAGCUACGUGUUAGGAAUCGCAGGAUAUAUUAUAAUGAUAUUCACGCUAAUGGGUCUUAACUUUAUCUUUGGUUUGCAGUCUACAACAUGUAUGGACACAGGCAUAUUAUUGCUCUUCUAUGGUCUGUAUUAUGGAGUUCUUGGUCGCGACUUUGCUCACAUCUGCACAGAUCGGAUGGCAUGCAAAAUUGGGUAUUUCACCCAUGACGGCCUUCCGAAAAAGCACUUGGACGAUGGUGUAUGUGCUGUUUGUGAUAAUCGCUUACAUACAGAAACUGUCAUCCAUGGCGAAGAUGAGGAUGCAGAGGAGGAAAAAACCUACAAAUUAUCAUGUGGACAUAUAUUUCACGAAUUUUGUAUCCGUGGUUGGGUAGUCGUUGGAAAACUGCAAACGUGCCCCUACUGUAAAGAAAAAGUGGACUUGAAGAGGAUGUUCAAAAACCCCUGGGAGAAACCGCAUCUCUUUUAUGGGCAGCUCUUGGAUUGGAUUCGAUAUCUAGUCUGUUGGCAGCCAUUGAUAGUAACCUUUGUACAAGGUCUCAAUCAUAUUCUUGGUCUCGAGCAGUAUGGGUUAAUUUUAACUAAGAAAACGGAAAAGACAGUUAUCCGACCGGUGGCCAGCGUUUUCGCAGAUGAUGACGAUGAUUCGGAAAAGGUCGACGUUUCCGGAAAAAUUCAAUCAGCUUCCACAUUACGAGUUCAAAAACAUGCUGAACGGCUUCAAGAAAUGGCGAUUGCGGAAGAUCCCACUAUAUUCGACUACGAUGCCAGCUACGAACAGAUACAGGCUGCUCGAGAUGAAAAGAUUGCUGAACGGAAGAAGGCUGAUAAAGAGCGGAAAUCAAAGUAUGCAUUGGACAUAAUUAAAGCGCACAAAAGAAGGGAAUUAGAGCAACAAAGUCGAGAGGAGCGACAGCAGCAGAAGGAAAGACAAGAAGAGGGAGACCAAUUUGCUGAUAAAGAGGUUUUCGUGACUGGUGCAUAUCGAAAACAGAUGGAAGAGGUUCAGAAAUUCCGUGAGGAAGAGGCUUAUGAGAAGAGGUUUAAUGAGCUCACCUCAGUGGAACAUCAGAAAGCAUGGCAAGCAGGUUUUGGACGUACCCUGUUGAAUGAGUUGGCCAGAGGAGAGCAAAGUUUGAUGGAAAAAGGCUCACUUCACCAUGGCGAGGAGGGGGCUUCGACAUCUGCGAAGGAAGCCGCUGCGAGUAAAACAAAGAUCCGCAACAUAAGGCGCAGGUGCUGUGAAGUGGUUUAUGUUUUAAUUCGUUCCCAGUCGUUCCAUCUCCUUUUUUUUUGUUGCAGAAAGGUAAGCGAUCAGCAGUCGUCAGAUGAGGAAUCGGAGGAAGAGGUGGUGGCAAAGAGUUCGGAAAAGAAGAAUGUAAAAAAGAAAUCGAUCUAUUCUGACGAUGAAGAUGACAGUCAACCUAAGUUCGAACCGCCGAAGAAAAAUUUCCCGGGAGAGUUGAAACCAGGAUUGAACCGGGUAGUGAAAGCUCCUACGAAAUCGGAGAAAUUGAAAGAGCGUCAAUUCACUCCCACGCCACCGUCUUCUGACAACGAGGAUGUUCAUUACCAGAAGAGAAGAAGAGAAAAGACUGAACAGAAGCUGGAUAAGCGGCGAAUAAGUAAUGAUCGUAAGGAGAGUACAGAGUCAUUGAAGAAACGGAUAGAGCCGAAUAAAGAGGACAAGAAGGUGCGCCUGGCUCGCCUGAAGGAGAUCUUGAAACAGCGCAACGGCCCAGAAGAAAUCGAGGAAUUCAGAAAACGAUAUUUGGAAAGGAAGGAAAGCGGCAUUGUUGUACCUCCUUUGUAG